AAUACUGAAGCAAAGUGGUAUCGUCCAUUCAUGAAUUCAACAUGGAGGCACUUGGAGCGUAAAAUCCAUUGCUGGUAAAUGUUGAAUCGGGUCCAGUGGAGGUGAAGAAAUCAUUGACAGACUAAUGUGGAUACAUUCAUGAACGGAGCUGCAGUAAACCGAGCCUCGCGACUGUUUUAACCCUCCGUGCAGCUACUAACGGUUUCAUGUUAUUGCUCUAUGCAGGAGUUAGCGGUUGCACCUAUCUGAGCUGCUCGUGCAAGUGUGACAGCCUGGCGUUUUGAAGUGAUCCGCGUGUAUGUGUGUGUGUGUGUGUGUGUGCACGGCAGCAGUCACAGAUGGAGAGCAGACAAGUGACCGGAGUUUACGGAGAGGUCAGCAGCCAGCCUUCGCCUCUUUCUGCCCGUGUUAGUGAAGAGCAGCUCCCAGAACUCCGGACGUACACCGUGACUGCUGAGUGGAGUCAGGCUGACCUGGUCCGAGGCUCCAGGCUUCGCUACUCGCAGCAGUGGACCAUCAUAGCAGACAGCAACGAUCACAAGAGCAUCAGGACCGUCCUCCCUCCAGGACCCUGUGUCCCCGUGUCUGGAGAGUCGCUGAGUGGACUUUCUCCUGUUCGAGGCCUGAGGGCCGUUGUCAGGGAAACAAGUGGCCACCAGCUCCUGGAGAUAUGGGACUGCCACGGCCUCAGGAAAUGCCUCAACCUGACUGCCCUCAACAUACAUGGCAGAGUGUAUGAUGAUGCCCAGUUUGGCUGUCUGUCAUGGUCAGAGUGUGAGAACAAACUGCUGUAUGUAGCUGAGAAGAGCAGGGAUGCAGAAGGAGAUGCAUAUGAACGGGAAGCUGCAUGCAGGAAGGACAGGAAUGUGUACUGUGAAGACUGGGGCGAGGCUUUGACCAAUAAGAGCCUUCCUGCGAUUUAUGUGGUGAAUCUGCAGAGCGGCUGUGUCGUCGAGCUGCAGGGAGUCCCACCCAGCGUCUCACCUGGACAGGCUCUGUGGGCUCCCGGCAGUCAGUCUGUGUUUUUUGUCGGUUGGUACCAUGAACCCUUCAGACUCGGACUGAAGUUCUGCUCCAACCGCAGGUCUGCGUUAUUCAAGCUCUACCUGGAUGGAAAUCUGGAGUGUCUGUCUGGGGACAACCUGUCUGUGUCCUGUCCCAGACUGAGUCCAGACGGGUCCACGCUGAUCUACCUGCAGGGUCGAGUGUUUGGUCCUCACAGUCAGUGCCUCAGUCUGCAGCAGUUGGACCUGGAGAGUGGGAAAACAUGCACACUGCUGGAUGUUGUCAACAGACCACAGACUGGUGAGUUUGCAGGUGUGUAUGAAGCUCUGGCAUCCCGCUGCUGGUCUGCAGACAGUCAGAGAGUGGUGUUCAGCAGCGCACGCAGAAACUGGAAGGAUCUCUUUAUUGUCGACAGAAGAUCAAACAAAGUUACCUCCCUAUCUGAUAGUCUGCAAGUUUAUGGCAGCUGGAAGCUGCUUACAGUCCACAAGGACCUGAUCGUCGUCAGCUGCACCAGCCCCAACACACCUCCCACUCUGAGGGUGGGUUUCCUCCCUUCAGCAGGUGAGGCUGUGACCUGGCAGACCCUGCAGCCGCCCAUCACAACGUUUGACUUCGAAUGGACAGUUCUUGAUGUUACACCUCCACCACAGGAAGACAACACACUCUACUCUGGUUUAGACUUUGGGGCCAUCCUGGUUAAACCAUCUCGUCCACGUAAUGAAACAAAGACACCUCUGGUCGUCUUUAUUCAUGGUGGCCCCCACUCCCAGUCCCCAGCAGAGUGGAACAGCACAAUAGCUGGACUGGCUAAACUCGGCCUUGCUGUGCUAAUGGUGAACUACCGGGGAUCCACAGGGUUCGGCCAAGACAGCAUUUUGUCCCUGAUCGGACAGAUUGGAAGCCAGGAUGUAAAAGAUGUGCAGACGGCCGUGCUUGCUGCGCUGCAGAGAGACAUCACCCUUGACCCCAAUCGGCUGGCUGUGAUUGGUGGUUCUCACGGGGGUUUCCUGUCCUGUCAUCUGGUUGGUCAGUACCCAGAGUUCUACAGAGCUUGUGCGGCCAGGAACCCCGUCAUUAACGCUGCUACUUUGUUGGGCACCAGUGACAUAGUAGACUGGCGUUACACCAGUGUCGGGGUUCAGUACUCAUACGACCAGAUACCCACUGCUGAAGCUCUGGCUGCUAUGUUAGAGAAGUCACCCAUCACACAUGCUCCUCAGAUCAAGGCCCCAGUGUUGCUGAUGCUGGGGGGCAGAGACAGGCGAGUGUCUCCCCAUCAGGGUCUCGAGCUUUAUAAAGCGCUGAAGAGCAGAGCUUCACCUGUGAGAUUGUUGUGGUUUCCAGAAGACGGACAUUCUCUGUCCAGACUGGACACUCAGACUGACUGCUUCCUCAACACAGCGCUGUGGCUAUAUGAGCAUCUCUGAACACACACACACACACACACACACACACACACACACACACACACACACACACACACACACACACACUCUCAUUAGUUUACUAUCAUUACUAUCACAGCAGUUGACAAUCUUUCACACAAAGCUGCCUUUUUUUAACAAUUUAAUACACAUUCUGUAUGGGAAAAGUUACCUAAUUUUGUAAAAACAUUUCUAAAUGAAAGCAUGUAAUAAAACAGAUUCUUACACGCCCAUAUACACAAAUUGUGUCAUGUUUGGUUACUUCUGAGAAGUGUCCCAUACUCUUAGAAAUACAUUUAUAAAUUAGUUUUUUUCCUACAUUGACAGAAACUUGAUAUUACUCUUCACCAAUCCGUCUAGAACAACACACUGUAUUUAAUGUCUGUUGAGAAGCCUCAGUUUUAAAAAUAUUUUCUAUAAAUAUAAAAGAAAGAGCAAGGUGGCAAAUAUCGCUUUUCAUAUACAAAAAAAUGACGCAUUUACU